AUCCCACAUACCCCACCAUUUGAAUUCUGCCUGAGUUUCACCUCUGGAGAUCUAGCAUCUUAAGAAACUGAGGGAUUUGAUCCAGGUAGAUCUCUAAAGCCCCAUCAGACAAAGUUCCAGGUUCUAAGAAUCAUAUUUGAUGAUAUGUUUAAAGAGAGUCCACAUUGGCUUUGGGAAAAAAUUGGAGGCUGAUGAGAAGAGACUUCCCCGCGUCCCCUGUAGAGGUCUCCUCUUCACCAUGCCAUUUCUUGAAAAAGAGGAAAACAGUGAACCUGUGCUGAUGAAAAAUGAAACACGCCUGCAAAUCUUAAAGAACAAGGAGCAGAGAAAGAGACUUGUUCAUGAAAUUUGUACUUUUUUAGAUAGCAGCCAGUCUGUCCAGGAAAUUGAUGCUUUAAGGACAGAAAACAGGAAAUUAAAAAAUGCGAACUCGAGACUUCGAUAUAAGACAAAGGAUUGGGCAUUAAAGAAAGAAGAAUAUGAAAAUGAGAUUGAGAGGCUGUCUAGUGAGAUAUCAAAUUACUUAAAUGUCACCAAUUUUUGGUAUCAAGACACAGAGCUUCUUAAUGAUGAGCAUAAUAAUAUACCAAGGGAACAGGCAAACAAUGUAGGCACUCAGACAGAGGGCGCCCUUGGACCAGCAAAAAGUGUCUCUGUGAGGAAUGUUACAACACAGACUGGAGAAGAUGACACAAGUUUCUUUUCUUUUUUCAUCUAAUCCAGACACACAAGUGAAGAACCCUUAUCAAAGGAUGGAUAUGAACAAUAGAAGAGCAGCUAACUACUAUUUUUAAAGGCCUGGACAACAGAUUGUUUUAUGUUGUUUCAAGUUUGUCUUCUCAUUGAAUUACUCAAUUCUAUGAAUGAAUUAAAGAGACACGUUAUCUCA